AGGCCUCCAGCUUCAGAUUGACAGAGCUGAAGACCAAUCGUUUCCGUAGAGCGCAGCGGCAAGCUCCGCCCCCUGGAGGUCUCACGGCCGAGGCGGGGCCAGGACAUAGAGAUUCCAACCCGUUCCACCACCAAUGAGGACACGCGGAAAUCCCCGCCCCCGGGCGUGGGCCAAUGGCGCUGGUUGGGGGGGCGGCCACCGCCUCCUGGCGGCGGCGAGGUUUCACUGCAGGGGAGCCGGUGGGCUCAGUGACGCUGCGGCCGCCUUCUGCUUAGGUCCGAACGCUUCGGGGCGGGGGUGCGGUCUUGCAGUAGGAAGCUGAGCGUCUUGCAAGCUUCCUGUCGGGCACCAGCUACUCGGCCCCGCACCCUACCUGGUGCAUUCCCUGGACACCUCCGGGGUCCCUACCUUGAGGUCCCCGGAGCCCCCUUCCUGCACCAGCCAUGCCUUUAAACCGCACUUUGUCCAUGUCCUCACUGCCAGGACUGGAGGACUGGGAGGAUGAAUUCGACCUGGAGAACGCAGUGCUCUUCGAAGUGGCCUGGGAGGUGGCUAACAAGGUGGGUGGCAUCUACACGGUGCUGCAGACGAAGGCGAAGGUGACGGGGGACGAAUGGGGCGACAACUACUUCCUGGUGGGGCCGUACACGGAGCAGGGCGUGAGGACCCAGGUGGAACUGCUGGAGGCCCCCACCCCGGCCCUGAAGAGGACACUGGAUUCCAUGAACAGCAAGGGCUGCAAGGUGUAUUUCGGGCGCUGGCUGAUCGAGGGAGGCCCUCUGGUGGUGCUCCUGGACGUGGGUGCCUCAGCUUGGGCCCUGGAGCGCUGGAAGGGAGAGCUCUGGGAUACCUGCAACAUCGGGGUGCCGUGGUACGACCGCGAGGCCAACGACGCUGUCCUCUUUGGCUUUCUGACCACCUGGUUCCUGGGUGAGUUCCUGGCGCAGAGUGAGGAGAAGCUACACGUGGUUGCUCACUUCCAUGAGUGGUUGGCAGGCAUUGGACUCUGCCUGUGUCGUGCCCGGCGACUGCCUGUAGCAACCAUCUUCACCACCCAUGCCACGCUGCUGGGGCGCUACCUGUGUGCCGGUGCCGUGGACUUCUACAACAACCUGGAGAACUUCAACGUGGACAAGGAAGCAGGGGAGAGGCAGAUCUAUCACCGCUACUGCAUGGAAAGGGCGGCAGCCCACUGCGCUCACGUCUUCACUACUGUGUCCCAGAUCACCGCCAUCGAGGCACAGUACUUGCUCAAGAGGAAACCAGAUAUUGUGACCCCCAAUGGGCUGAAUGUGAAGAAGUUUUCUGCCAUGCAUGAGUUCCAGAACCUCCAUGCUCAGAGCAAGGCUCGAAUCCAGGAGUUUGUGCGGGGCCAUUUUUAUGGGCAUCUGGACUUCAACUUGGACAAGACCUUGUACUUCUUUAUCGCCGGCCGCUAUGAGUUCUCCAACAAGGGUGCCGACGUCUUCCUGGAGGCCUUGGCUCGGCUCAACUAUCUGCUCAGAGUGAACGGCAGCGAGCAGACAGUGGUUGCCUUCUUCAUCAUGCCAGCGCGGACCAACAAUUUCAACGUGGAAACCCUCAAAGGCCAAGCCGUGCGCAAACAGCUUUGGGACACAGCCAACACGGUGAAGGAAAAGUUCGGAAGGAAGCUUUACGAAUCCUUACUGGUUGGGAGCCUUCCCGACAUGAACAAGAUGCUGGAUAAGGAGGACUUCACUAUGAUGAAGAGAGCCAUCUUUGCAACGCAGGUGAUUUUCCACCCGGAGUUCCUCUCCUCCACAAGCCCCCUGCUCCCUGUGGACUAUGAGGAGUUUGUCCGUGGCUGUCACCUUGGAGUCUUCCCCUCCUACUAUGAGCCUUGGGGCUACACGCCAGCUGAGUGCACGGUUAUGGGAAUCCCCAGUAUCUCCACCAAUCUCUCCGGCUUCGGCUGCUUCAUGGAGGAACACAUCGCAGACCCCUCAGCUUACGGUAUCUACAUUCUCGACCGGCGGUUCCGCAGCCUGGAUGAUUCUUGCUCGCAGCUCACCUCCUUCCUCUACAGCUUCUGUCAGCAGAGCCGGCGGCAGCGUAUCAUCCAGCGGAACCGCACGGAGCGCCUCUCCGACCUUCUGGACUGGAAAUACCUAGGCCGGUACUAUAUGUCUGCGCGCCACAUGGCGCUGUCCAAGGCCUUUCCAGAGCACUUCACCUACGAGCCCAACGAGGCGGAUGCGGCCCAGGGUUACCGCUACCCACGGCCAGCCUCGGUGCCACCGUCGCCCUCGCUGUCACGACACUCCAGCCCGCACCAGAGUGAGGACGAGGAGGAUCCCCGGAACGGGCCGCUGGAGGAAGACGGCGAGCGCUACGAUGAGGACGAGGAGGCCGCCAAGGACCGGCGCAACAUCCGUGCACCAGAGUGGCCGCGCCGAGCAUCCUGCACCUCCUCCACCAGCGGGAGCAAGCGCAACUCUGUGGACACGGCCACCUCCAGCUCACUCAGCACCCCGAGCGAGCCCCUCAGCCCCACCAGCUCCCUGGGCGAGGAGCGUAACUAAGUCCGCCCCACCACACUCCCCGCCUGUCCUGCCUCCCUGCUCCAGAGAGAGGAUGCAGAGGGAUGCUGCUCCUAAACCCCCGCUCCAGAUCCGCACUGGGUGUGGCCCCGCAGUGCCCCCACCCAGUCCGCCAAACACUCCAGCCCCUCCAGCUCCACUUUCCAAGUGUCCUGCACUCCAGAAUCCACAAAGCCGUGCCUUUCUCUGGCUCCAGAAUAUGCAUAAUCAGCGCCCUGGAGUCCCCUGGGCCUGGACCGCUUCCCAGAGUCCAGGAAUCUGCCAUUACUCUGCAGUGGUGCCAGAGGUUUUAGGAAACCUGGCAUGGUGCUUUCUGGUCUGGGGCUCCUAGAGCCCCCCAUGUGGCUUACAAAUUCUACAGCAUACAGACCAGGCCACGCUCAGGCCCGGCGUGCGGGCCACCAAGUGCUGGAAACCACGUGGUGUCGCUGCGAAUGGGGCAAUCAAGUCCAGAGCCGGGGCACUUUCAGAGUUUGAAGGUAACUGAGAGCAGAUGGUCCUCCAUUUCAACUCCAGAAGUGGGGCUCUGGGAGGGGCUCAUGUUCCAGCCCUCCCUGGCAUGUCAGAGCCAGGCUCUGCCUGGAGGAUCCCUCCAUCCGGCUCCUGUCAUCCCCUACACUUUGGCCAAGCAAGAGGUGGUAGAACCACUUGGCUGCUCAUUCCUUCUGGAGGACACACAGUCUCGGUCCAGAUGCCUUCCUGUCUUUCUGGCCCUUUCUGGACCAGAUCCAACUCCUCCUUUCUAAAUCUGAGAUCUCCCUCCAGGGAAUCCGCCUGCAGAGGACAGAGCUGGCUGUCUACCCCACCCCUAACCUGGCUUAUUCCCAACCACUCUGCCCACUGUGAAACCACUAGGUUCUAGGUCCUGGCUUCUAGAUCUGGAACCUUACCACGUUACUGCAUACUGAUCCCUUUCCCAUGAUCCAGAACUGAGGUCACUGGGUUCUAGAACCCCGACAUUUACCUCGAGGCUCUUCCAUCCCCAAACUGUGCCCUGCCUUCAGCUUUGGUGAAAGGGAGGGCGCCUCAUGUGUGCUGUGCUGUGUCUGCACCGCUUGGUUUGCAGUUGAGAGGGGAGGGCAGGAGGGGUGUGAUUGGAGUGUGUCCGGAGAUGACAUAAAAAAAAUACAUCUAUAUUUAAGAA